UUUAAUUGUAGCAAUAAUAACAUCUAUUAUUAUAUUUCCAUUAACAGCUACACUUGAUAUUGAAAAUCGUUUUAUAUAUGGUUUAUUAAAUUUAAAUCAAUUAUAUAUACUAGCAAUACAUGGUUAUUUAUCACAAAAUAAAAUAUUAUCACAAGUAUCAUUAAAACAAUGUGAAAUAAUACAACAAUAUUUAUGUGAGAAUUUAAUAAUGAUGCAAAUACGUUUAAAUCAAGUUAAAUAUGAACCAGUUAAAUUAAUACAAUUAAUAUUUCGUCGUCAUCGUAUAAAAACAAUUAAUUUAACAUUAUAUGAUCAAGUUGAAUUAAUUCGAUCAUUUAUGUUUUAUGUUAAUUCAAUGAUAAUAAUGGUUAAUAGUUUAACAUUUAAUGAUCGUCAACAAUAUUAUUCAAAAACAUUAAAAACAUCAUUAAUAGAAUUGACAAGUAUACAAUCAAGUGUAUUAAUAUAUAUGACAAAAUUAAAAAUGAAUAAAAAUGAAUUUUAUCAAUUAUUAAAAGAAUUAAAUAAAACAUUUAUAAAUUUAAAAAGUAUGUCGGCUGUUAUACGUUCACAACGUCUUCAAAUUAUUUUAAAUGAACUACAAAAACUUGAUCAAAUUCGAAUAAAAAGGUGA